AUGUGGGAUCUGUCUCGAGCAGCCCACGAGACGGAGCCCCUUCUCCAGUUCAGAUCUGGCCACCUCAGUUUGCUCAUCGCCACAAGUGUGCUUGAAGAGGGCAUCGACGUUCCUGCCUGCAACCUCGUGAUCUGUUUCGAUGAGCCCGAAAAUCUCAAAGCCUUUGUCCAGCGGCGCGGCCGAGCCCGGAAGAAAGAUUCUAGCCUCGUGGUUCUUCUCCCCGGGACAGACUACGUGCCUCAGGACUGGGAAGGCAUGGAAGCGACAAUGAGGACACACUACGAGAAAGAACGGCGCGAAAUACGAAUAAUGGAGCAAAUCGAAGCAUCCGAGUCUACAGAGUACGAAGAGUACAUUGUCGAGAGUACCAAUGCCAGACUCGACUUCGAGAACGCCAAAGCGCAUCUCAGCCACUUUUGUGGGCAACUUUCUCCUGGGGAGUUUAUAGACAAGAGGCCCGAAUACAUACCCCGCGUGGUAGACGACAAAGAACCUCCAUCUCUGAGGGUCACGGUACUAUUGCCGAGUUAUAUUCCAGCUGCCGUCCGUCAUGCUGAGAGUCGGCGAAGCUGGAAGUCGGAGCAUCAGGCCUCAAAAGACGCCGCUUUUCAGGCAUACCUGGCUCUUUACGACGCGGGACUGGUCAACGAACACAUGCUUCCACUCACGGCCAAAGACAUCGUACCCGCAAACGAACCUCGAGUAGCAACCUUGCAGUGCAAUGGCCUCUUGAACGUCUGGCUUAGUAUUGCCCAGGCCUGGAUCACGAGUACUGAAAUCUGGUUAACUCCAGUACGCCUCCAAGAUGCGACGGGAUUGACGCGAGGAACGUAUAUCAUGAGCAUGCCGGUAGCAUUGUCGGCACUGCCUUCCACGCCGGUGUACUUCGAUCGCGAAGGACCAUGGCUUCUGGAUUUUGGCCCACAAGAACGAAAGGAAAAGCUUGAAGUGCCUGAUCAUUCUUCAGUGCUGCUUGCACUCCACUUUGGCCAUCGCUGGGACAUUGCUCAUGGUCAGCAGCAGGUGAUCAGGUUCGCUUCACAGGAUGGCGAACUGCAUAUUAACCAGUUAAGUGCACGGGGCUUCACAACCACAGAUGCCGACCGAGAGGAAAUGCCGUACCUGGUACGGGACGAGUCAGGAUGCCCGUAUGUGUACGGCCACUUUCUCAACAGCAAGCCGUCACUUGAACUUAUUCAACGACCUUUCCGGCGCAUCGGGGACUCUCCAGGCUUCCAAGAUGCACCCAGCAACAUUCCUUACUUGGCUCUUAGAAAGUGGCCGCGCCACCCGGCCCUCCUGCACCAAAAGAGCGUCAACGAUUCACUGCCACAGGCGACAAAUACGAAGCCAUAUGCGAGGGUUUAUCCGGCACCGUGGGCGAAAAUUGACACGAUCCCACUGGAUCAUGCUUACUUUGGGGCGUUGAUCCCUUCCAUUUCACACAUUGUCGAGGUUCGACUGGUUGCAGAACAGCUUUCCUUGAGCCUACUUCGUGACCUCAAUUUCUCAGAUCUCUCUCUCGUUCUGACGGCCAUCAGCACUAAGGGCUCCUUGGAGGCCACAAACUACGAGCGUCUUGAGUUUUUGGGUGACUCUAUCCUCAAGCUUUGCACCACGGUCAAUGCUGCCGCUCUGCGUGCGUUCGCCCUCCUUACACUCUGUCAUACGUUGCCGCAGCUGACACUAGCUUAG